UCCAGUUCUGGGCAGAUGUUGGGCACAAGGCUGGGAGCUGAGAUUGACCGAUCAGAAUGUGUAUGGAGGAUGAACAAUGCUCCGACUGAAGGCUAUGAGACCGAUGUGGGCAGCAAGACCACGGUGAGGGUGGUGUCCCACACCAGCACCCCACUGCUCCUCCGGCAAGGAGCUUUCCUCUCCAGCCUCAACAGCUCCUUCCACAUCUUCUGGGGCCCUCAGCGCAACAUGAGGCGAGAUGGCAAGGGAAUCGUCUACAACAUGCUCAGGACUGUCCGCAGUCGCUUUCCGGCCGCCAAGAUUUACACUUUGACAGAGGAAAAAAUGAGAUUCUGUGACGUCGCCUUUAAAAGGGAGACAGGGAAGGACAGGGUGCUGUCCGGCUCUUACCUCAGUACUGGCUGGUUCACCUUCAUCCUGGCAAUGGAGGCUUGCAACACCAUUCAUGUCUACGGAAUGAUCAAUGACUCUUACUGCAGUACCGAAGGGCACAAGAACGUCCCGUACCAUUACUAUGAACCCAAUGGUCAAGAGGAGUGCACAGAGUAUUACAUGCAUGAAAAUGCCCGGUACGGAGGUCACAGGUUCAUUACAGAGAAAACGGUCUUCGCCAAGUGGGCGAAGGAGAGGAAGAUCAAGUUCUUCAAUCCCACCUGGCAAGUCUCCUGA